AUGGAUUCCCCGAAUGCUCUCCGCUUGGCCGUGGACCUUUUGCAGGACGCGUUCGGAGAUGUGGUGGCCAAGAUUGCUGGAAUGCUGCUGGAACGGGGGCAGUUGACCAUCCGAGAGAUCUUGGCCUUCGGCAAGGAGGAGAGCUUUGACGAUGAGGAACUGCCGUUUCAGCAGGUCCGCAACGCCAUGCUGGUGCUGACGCAGCACGGUCUGGUCAAUUGUCAUCCGUUCCGGCAGUCGCAAGAUGGGAAAUGCCAUGUCCAGGUGUAUGCCUUGGACAUUGAUGAAGUCCUUGCGCGCGUUCGCUUCCCGCAGUACUUGGAGUACGUGAGACGCAAGUACGGUGAGCAGGGGCAGGAGCUGCUGGAAGUGGUGUUGAAGUUCGGCCGUGCUGCCCAGCAAGUGUUGCUGGACGAGGCGGCAUCCGCUUCGGGCAUUUCUGCCGAGAUACUUGAGGAGACCUUGAAAAAUUUGGUUACGGAGCGGAUCCUGCGUCCAGUCGAUGCCGGAGACCGGACUCUGAACGAGCGAGUUCAAGCUGGGCCUACGGCCUCCCCAUUCUCUGUCAGCAGAGGGAAGGCCCAAGGAUCCCAGGCUUCGCGAGGGGCGAAGGCGCCGAGGCCCGAGGAACGAAAGAGGCGGUUGGAGGUGGAUGAUCUCAUAGCUGGCACGCCGGAGCCCAUCAAAGACGAGGAGCCGGCCAAAGAGGAGCCAGCCAAAGAAGUGAAACAGGCGGUCUACCGUUUCGACAGGGUGAACCUUGACCUUUGUCUUCGCAAAGCCGCUCUAUGCAGGCUGGUGGAGGAGCAAUUGGGUGACAACGAAGCCAUGGCGAUGUUUGCCUUGCUGCAUUUUGUGGUUCUUAACCACAGUGGCGAAGGCGUGACUACGAAGUACGCCGACCUGGAGGAGAUAUAUGCAAGAUACCUGGGGUUGGCCAAGAGCGAGGGCCGCGACCCAUCGCGGGUCAAGGAGAAGCUGCGCGGCAACCUCGACCGCCUGGCUACGCACAAGGACCAACUUCUGCGGAAGCGGGUCUCCGCCGUGAAGGACGCCGACAUGAGCGAGUGGAUUGUGGACUGGGACCGUGCGUGUGAAUGCCUGCGCAGCAUGGCCCUCUCACAACUCGUCCGGGACCGCUUUGGCAAGAUCGGCCUGCGGAUUUUCAACCUCUUGUUGGAGGAGAAUCCGCCCCAGAAGCUGGAAGAGGGCCAGAUCUUCAAGAUAGCCAUGAUCCCCAUCUUGGAUGGCCGGGAGUUGCUUCAGGCCAUGGCGCGGAGCUGCGUGCUGUCCUGGCAGCAGGUUGCUCGGAGCAGUGACGGCGCCGUCGCGAACUCCGUGUGGCUCUACUACGUUGACAUGCGCCGCGUGGUUCCAUCCAUGCUGGACCUGGCCUACAACUCCAUCCUGAACCUGAGGAUCCGGUUUCGGGCCGAAAGCGCCCGCGUGGCGCCCAUGGAGAGCCGGGCCCUGUCGCUGGGGUCCCGCGGCCGGCAGAGCCUGCGUAUGGGUCGCCGAAAAGAGGACCUCCUCGAGCGCUCCUUCCUUGUCCUGGAUGCUGUGCCGCUGCUGUGUCGAAGCGUCCGGUGA